CUUGACUGACAGACAUACUACGCGAUAUCUGCAGAACAGUCUAUCGACUUAACUUAUUGGGACACAGUUCUCUACACUUUCUUUAGAGAAAAAAUGGCUUCAGGUUCAAUGCAAGGGAUCAAAACUGGUCACCUUACUCUAGACCACCUCAAGUCAAAGAUCAAUAAACAUUAUGGUAGUCUGUGGAAAAAUCUCAGGGUAUUCGAGCUGCUCAACGGCAAACACACAUUUAUUGACAUCAUUGAAACAUCUCGACUAACAGAAAUAGCAAAUAAAGAGAAAGAUUACAAGGAGGAAGCAGCUAGGAUGUUUCUGGAAGCAUUUCUGGAUUCAACGAAUGAAAACAAAGCGGAUGUUUUAAUUUCUGCACUAAGAGAGCCAGGCCACGAACUCGCACUGUCGAUCUUAACCGACGACGACUUUGACGCAAGCGCGCUUGAGCAGGAGCAAGAGUAUUUUGACAGGAAGCGUUGCAUGUUACUGGAGCAGGUAGACUGUGAUGAGGUAUUGGUGGCCAAAUGCGUUGAGCAAGAUUUAUUGACCGAUCCAGAAAAAGAAGAGAUCCUAGCCAUGAAGGACAACAAAGGGUCGAGUCGUGGAAUGAGGACCCUCAUCGACGCAGUCAGGAAGGCCAAGGACGGAGGCAACAUUUUCCUCAAAGUCCUAUGGGACAUGGACUACAUUGAGUUAGUCAGGGAACUAAACGAAUCCUUCUAUCUAGCCAAUAACGGGCCGGUUGCUUCCAGAACACGCUCUAAAACCAAGUCCACCCCAGCCCUGCCUUCAGUCAAUGUACAGGACCAACAGUUGGCUGUGCGGGAAAACCCUCAGACGCCCCAGAUACAUAGCGGUAUGGUUAACGUGAAUUUACAGUUGAACCUUGGAAGUUUCAACCGCGUAGAGAACGCGGACGGAAGGUCUGAGCUCAUGAGUCCACAGAUAGGACUCCCUGUGUGUCUGCCGUUAGCGGGUAUGGUUAAUAACGCGAGUGGCGUGGGUUCAAAUCUUCCUGGAGAGAGUCCGGUUGUUAAUUCAUUUGAAAGGGGCGUUAACUCCUCUGUAAGAAAAGAGGAUGAUCCACCUGAAGGAAGAAGAACUGAUUCGUCAACAGGGUGUGGGGCGCAGUCUUCAAGAGAUGCAUUAGGGGCGACACCGCGUAGGUGCAGGAAUUGUCAGAAGACAUUCAUAAGCGAUGACAAGCUGAAGGCUCACCAAGAGAAAUGUGGACCGUCUAAUGCGGCACAAAUAUUGGAGGAGGCUCUUAGAUCAGUGAGUAUAUCAGGGGGUAAAGGGGCUGGCCAGUUAGUCCGUCAAGGUAGCUCAUCAAGAGAUAAUCAGGCUAGCUCAUCAAGAGAAAGUCAAGAUAGUACAUCAGGAAGAAGACAAGCUAGUGCAUCUGGUAGUAGUCAGGCUAGCUCAUCAAGAGAAAAUCAGGUUAGCUCAUCAAGAGAAAAUCAGGCUAGCUCAUCAAGAGAAAAUCAAGUUAAUACAUCUGGAAGUAGACUGGCAAGUACAUCGGGCAGUAGACAGACUAACCUACCAAGGACAAAUCAGGCUAGUGCAUCAGGCAGUAGUCAGGCUAGUGCAUCAGGCAGUAGUCAGGCUAGUAUGUCAGGCGGAAGUCAGGCUAGUGCAUCAGGCAAUAGUCAGGCUAGUGCAUCAGGACAGGCACCAGCAGUCCGUCGGUGUGGGAAGUGCGGCAAAACAUUUAGAUCAGACAGGUAUGAAACCCACGUGACCCAGUGCAGAGGUGCGCAAUAGAGUGCUUUAUCUGGAACUUUAUCUCUCCCAAUAUUACCAUUAAAUUAUAUAAUUGAUGUAUCAUUCGUAAAUUUAAAAUGUAUUUUCUUUUAUUUAGAAAUUGAUUAUAUUUUAUAUAUUUAGAUAUGAUAAUAGAAUAUCAUAUUUUUCAUUAUUGUGAAAUACAUUUAAUUAGAUAUGGCAUUACUUUUUUGGAAAUGUUUAUAGGCCCCUAUAAUAAAUUAUAUUUUUAUAUUUAAAUCGCGUUUUAAACUUUAUUUUUCAUGUUUAAUUUUCUAUGUAUUAGAUUAUCUAUUUAUAUUUCCAUGUAUUAGAUUUUGUCUAUCUAUAUUUCCAUGUAUUAGAUUUUGUCUAUUUAUAUUCCCAUGUAUUAGAUUGCCUAUUUAUAUUCCCAUGUAUUAGAUUGCCUA